GGGCCGGGGCGGGGACCGGCCAUGUCGGAGGUGACCCGGAGUCUGCUGCAGCGCUGGGGCGCCAGUCUUAGGAGAGGCGCCGACUUCGACUCCUGGGGCCAGCUGGUGGAGGCGAUAGACGAGUAUCAGAUAUUAGCACGACACCUACAGAAGGAGGCCCAAGCUCAACACAAUAAUUCUGAAUUCACAGAAGAGCAAAAGAAAACCAUAGGCAAAAUUGCAGCUUGUUUAGAAUUGUGAAGGGUAGCACUACAGUCCACACAGUCCCAAGAAGAAUUUAAACUGGAGGAUCUGAAGAGGCUAGAACCAGUCCUGAAGAAUAUUCUUACAUAUAAUAAAGAAUUCCCAUUUGAUGUUCAGCCUAUCCCAUUAAGACGAAUUUUAGCACCUGGUGAAGAAGAGAAUUUGGAGUUUGAAGAAGAUGAAGAAGGUGGUGCAGCAGGACCUCCUGAUUCUUUCUCUGCUCGAGUUCCUGGUGGGCAUCCUUAUAUGGCAUAUGCACUGCUUUAUCCAGCAGGAUGUUUGGAACCUGUGUUGGUAUUUGCUAGUGGAAA